UGAAAAGAGCCCACAGAAGCGUAGAGCCUCGAACCGCUUUCUUGGCAGCAACAACUUGAAGUGCAGGGCUUUCGAGUAAUUUCCUUGUCUUUUGGGAAGCCCCACCACGCGGGGUGCUUACUGUUUGAGGGCGCUUAUCAGAAAACUGAGCGGCAUACUCCCGUUUUAAGAAGAAACGCAGGGAACGCAUGAUGGCGGCUGGUGCAGCUAUCAGCGUUGUCAGCAGCAGGCUCGCUGUGCCUGCGUCUCAUUGCCAGCUGCGGAGAGUGGACAAUGCUCCUUCAUGCUUAGGGAAUGAUGCUGCUAGCUUUGUGUUACCGGUUCUGACUUCAAGCAGAAGGACCAAGCAGAGCGGGAUUCAGAUGGCACAGGCAGGAGCGGUGCAGGCGCCUGACUCGACCACUAUGUAUGCUCCUCGCCAACCGUACUGCGAGUCGAUCUAUAAAACAAUCCGCCGGCCAACCCGGACGAUCAUGAUCGGCAACAUCGCAGUCGGCAGCGAACAUCCAAUCCGCACGCAGACCAUGACCACCACAGAUACCAAGGACGUGAAAGGUACUGUUGAUCAGGUCAUGAGGAUCGCAGACAACGGCGCCGACAUCUGCCGUAUCACUGUCCAGGGGAAGCGGGAAGCGGACGCAUGCUUGCAAAUCAAAGAAACUUUGUUGAAGCACAACUACGAGAUCCCUCUCGUGGCCGACAUCCACUUUGCCCCCACUAUCGCCAACCAGGUUGCAGAGUGCUUUGACAAGAUCCGGAUCAAUCCCGGCAACUAUGUCGAUGCGAGAGCACAAUUUAAGGUGCAGGAGUGGACUGACGCAGAGUACCAAGCAGAGCUGGAGCACAUUGAGAAGGUAUUCUCAAAGCUCGUCGAGAAGUGCAAGCGCUUGAACCGUGCGAUGCGGAUUGGCACCAACCACGGGUCUCUCUCCGACCGCAUUCUCAACUACUACGGUGACACGCCCCGGGGCAUGGUGGAGUCGGCGUUCGAGUAUGCGCGCAUCGCUCGCAAGAUGGACUACCACAACUUCCUCUUCUCGAUGAAGGCCAGCAACCCAGUCGUUAUGGUCGAGGCAUACCGGCUAUUGGCGUCUGAGAUGUACCUCAACAAGUGGGACUACCCUCUGCAUCUAGGCGUGACGGAGGCUGGAGACGGUGAGGACGGGCGCAUGAAGUCGGCGAUCGGGAUUGGGGCGCUUCUGCAGGACGGGCUGGGGGACACCAUCCGGGUGUCGCUCACGGAAGAUCCCGAGCUCGAGAUCGAGCCGUGCACGAAGCUGGCCAACUUCGGGAUGCGCAACGCAAAGCUGCAGAAGGGCGUGGAGCCCUUCGAGGAGAAGCACCGGCACUACUACGAGUUCCAGCGAAGGUCGGGCGAUCUUCCCGUACAAAAGGAGGGUGACAAGCUGGACUUCCGGCAUGUCCUGCACAGGGACGGCUCCGUCAUUGCCGCCAUCACCUUGGACCAGAUAAAGGACUCGAAGAAGCUGUAUAAGUCGCUGCAGUGCAAGGACGCGUUGGGGAUGCCGUUCAAGGGCAUUGACACCGUUGACACCCUGUUCCUGCGAAAAGUGCCUCCGCAAGAAGACAAGACCGCUCGGCAAACCCUGCGGCGACUGCAAACGGCGGCCCCUGCGGACGGUCUGGGCCAGGCAGGCCUGGGCAUUCUGGUGCCCAUCGCAGAGCUGCUGAGCAACCCGCUACCCGACGCGCUCGCUCUCCUCAGCCUGCGAGAGGUCGAGCAAGGCUUGCUGGCUAAGAUCCCCGAAGGCUCUCGGCCGGCCAUCACGCUGGAUGGCUCCGAGACCACGGCCCAGCUGGAGGCGCUCAAAAACAUCGACGCCAUGUUUCUCCUCAUUGACGUGCCCGAGACCGACUCCGCCAGCAGGGUCCAUGCCUCAAGAAGGAUCUUCGAGUUCCUGCAGUCCAAUGAUCUCAAGUUCCCGGUCAUCCACCAUCUGCAGUUCCCUGAAGGCACAGACACGGACGACCUUGUUCUGACCUCCGGCAGCGAGGCAGGCGCCUUGUUGGUCGAUGGUCUCGGUGACGGUGUGAUGAUCGAAGGCCCCCAGGACCUCGAUUUCCUGGUGCGGACGUCGUUCGGCAUGCUGCAGGGCUGCCGCAUGCGCAACACCAAGACGGACUACGUCUCGUGCCCCUCGUGUGGCCGCACGCUCUUCGACUUGCAAGAUGUGACCGCCGCCAUCCGCGCAAAGACGAGCCACCUGCCCGGUGUUGCGAUUGCAAUUAUGGGUUGCAUCGUGAACGGUCCUGGAGAGAUGGCCGACGCCGAUUUCGGCUACGUCGGCGGAGCUCCCGGAAAGAUCGACCUGUACGUCGGAAAGGAGGUUGUCAAAAGGGCGAUCCCCAUGGAGGGAGCCACGGAUGCCCUCGUUCAGCUCAUCAAGGACCACGGGCGAUGGAUAGACCCUCCCAAGGAGGAGGAGUAGGUGAAAGAGAAAAAGGAAGUAGAGUCGCUGAAACGUCUGUGUUUGUGUUGACGUGCGCGCUUGAGAAGCGCAUGUCAUCUUUUGAUCAUUUGACCGAGUUGCACCUAGCAUAGGCUCCGACUUACAUGAGAGAAGGAGCCUGCCGGGAGUGAACAUAUUGGUGGCCCCGUUUGGAAAAUCGGAUCCUGCCAGAGGGUAUAGCUCUCGGAACCGUCCAGACCCAACCGCAGUUCGAAAGUCGUCAGAGUAUACCAUAGCCCUGUCGACGUGCAACUUAAGCUGCUUUAAGCAUCAAGCCCGUUGCGAUCCAGUGCGAAUGUUAAAGUGCGGCAUAAUAAUCUGGUUCUCUGAAGUCGGAACGCUGGUUCAAGUCUAAGUUGUGGGUUUAGGAAGUUGACGACUGUAGAGUUCGACAUCUUUGUGGGCUUUGCAUGUUUUUACAUCCCC